UCUGUCCCCACUUCAAGCAUUGUAUUGUCCCCUGGGUACAUCAAUGUAGCUAGAUCUGUCAAAGUACGCUGUGAGUCAACAGAAGGUACAGGUUGUUAUUUUUACAGAGACCAGGAUCCAACCCCAAUAAGAAAUGUGAACUACAACAGAGUUUGCCAAUUCACAUUGUUCUGGGACGAGUUCAAAACCUGAAACAAGAGUGAAGUAGAUCUCAGCUGUGCUAUUCUACAGAAGAGAGAAGGGAAAACAAUAUUUUCAAAAUGUUGUGACACUCGAAGACUUCAUGUGAGUGGUGAGUGACAAUUUUACCCUAGGGUCUAAAUUAGGGCCUAGGGAACUUGUUCAGUUAUUGUUACCCAGAACACACUGGGUUCACUCAUACUGUAUCUAUUAUCUUAAAAUGUUCAAACAGAUCCAAUUGGGAAACCCAGUGUUGAUGUGGAGCAGAGAGGGAAUUACCUCAAUCUUCGGUGUGAGGCUAAGCAUGGCACCUCAAGUUACUUUUACCUGAACAAUGGUGACUUACACUUCAAAAAGCAACCCUACAAAGACAAUGUUUGUGUGGGGAGAGUGGCCCAAGGGGAGCUACUGACGAUGAGGAAGAGAAGCAGCCCUGGAGAGAUCUUCAUCACGUGCUGUGGAGAUGGUGAUAAAGGGGAAUUCUGUGACAUCACAGCACAGUGAACCCCUCAGUAUCACGGUAGAUGGUGACGACUCCAUCCAUUUCUGUGAAAUCUAUCUAUUGCUGCAGCUGCAGUGCAUGGCUGAUGAAUAAUUGUACAUAUUUGAAUCAUAUUUCCAGCUGUAAAUCCUACCGGAGCCACAGUUUCCAUACUAGACUUCAGUUCCAUCCCACCUGGAGAGGAGAAGUCAGCAGCCUAACUGCCCAAGAAGAAUGUAUAUACAUUUAGGUGGUUUAGACAUAGAUUCUCACAAUUGCAGGACAUUAUGAAAAUUGAUGUGAAAUGAACAUGAUGUCCUUUUCCCUUCCAGACUCUUCCUCAAUGAUCCCCCUCUACAUCAGUUACCGUGCCAGUAUCUAUGUUCUCAUCCUUCUGGUGGAAUCUCUCCUGUGUUUUCUCUGGUAUAGACGUGGUAAGUGCCUUUUGCUUAAAAAAUACUCAAAAUGUGUAUGUUGUUCCAAAGGCUGUUGUCAGCUAUACAAUCAGGGCCUGUUUGUUUCGCUCUCAUCAUACUUUUCUUUCUGAAGGUGAUCAACAAGGCAAUAUCAGUAGGAGGUAAGAGUGAUCUAUUUAUUUAUCUGCAUGUUUUCAUAUAAUCUGUUUGAAUGUACUGGAAACUGCUCUUGACUGGCAAAACUCAUAUGAGCUACAAACUGUGUGUGUUGAGUAUAACUAUGUUCUUUACUAUCCACUAUGGUUAUACUGUUUUAUAGUGCAACUGUUCACUGCUUAUGGUGCAUUGUAAUAUGUUUUCUCUCUCUUACAGGAAAAUAACUCAAGUGACCUUGCUGGGGAGUUCAAGUUGGAUAUGGCUCGAGAGUAUGAAGUGUCAUUGUUUUUAUAAACCAGAAGUCAAUAGGAGUACAAGUUAUUAAAUCAAACAAGUUGCAAUUUCCAUCCACAUUGUGAAUGUAUUUUUAUAUUAUGCAAAGUGUUUAAUGUGUAAUGUGUUUGUAUAUGUAAAAUAUAGCAAUUCUAUUAGCAUUUCAUUUUUUUUCUGGUCUUGGAUGUUGUGUUUUCCUGUGUAAAUAAAGCUUGUAUAGUAUAUUGUAAAUCAUUGUUGGAAAUGAUGUUUCUGUUCUCUGGAAGUUGAGGAGCCACUCUAAGAGGAGACAGCAUUCUGUUUAGAUUACACAGCAGUUGUGUUUCAACGGUCUGUCUCAUGAUGUUCACUGUUGUACCUGAGCUUUAACUGGGUGUUUCUGUCAAGUCUGUUUGUCAUGUAGACGUGACCACAGUGGGAGUACUGCUCAUACAGAUACACCUCUAUUUCUAGAGAUGAGGAUAAGGCAGAGUAGGAAUGGGUGACCCACGUCUACACCAACAUCACCCCUGAAAAAACAACACCACAAAGGGCUCUCAAUACAUCUAUUCAUAUGAAACUCAUGUCUAUAUCUAUCAAUAUAAACGACUUGUCAGAGAACAUGCAAAGGUGCAGAGGUGUGGAAAGAGACAGUAGUGGUCAUGAUCUAAGCUGAGAUGCGCUACAAUGAGCCAUUGUGCCUCAACUGGUCCCCUAACACUGUCCUUAGCCCUCAAACCCACAAUUUACAUAAAUAACAUACUAAUGGUAAGUGCUGGAUAUAUUGCAAAAUUCUAACAUUUCCAAACAUUAAAAAGAAACUGGUGCAACCUGCAAGGAGCUGCUGUCAAUGUUAACCAAUACAUAACUGUUAUUUGAGGAACAGUCAAUAUUCUGCCCUGGAAUUGCGUUCCCAUGCAAAACUAGACAGAUAGCUAACAACUGAGUCUUCAAUAAAACUUCCAAGGCGUGACUUUUCUUGAACGAAUGUAUUGAAAACGUUUAUGUUGUGAAACUGCAAAUACAGAAAAUAAUAUACUUUAGUAUUCAAUUCACAUUGACAUACUGUAGCUGUACAUUAUACAUUUCAAGUUGAAGUUGCAUAAAUACAAAGCAAGUGCCAAGUUACCAUGUAUCUGGCAUGACAACAAACCAAAUAGAUAAUUACUCUAUGAGUAACAACUAGCCAACUCCUUUCAUUACUCUAAUAAUGUACAAACACCUCUGUACAAUAACAAAGCAUAUUACACUAGAAACAGUAACAAACUAUAGUAUGUUUUACACUUCUUUUACAUGACGCACGAGCAAACUAAUACAGCUAACGGCAUCCAUGAAAGUCAAUGCAAUUUGCGUGAGUAAAUGUAACCAACUAACAUUGAUAAUUAAGCAAUUCUGUCAAUAACAAUAUUAUCAUCACUUGCAAUAUGCUUGAAUUGAACUUACAAACAAAUAUUUUCCGAGGCUGAAGCGUAACAAGAAAUAGUUGCACUGAAAGAACUGUACAGUAGCGUUGUUUCUAGCUGCUUGUCUGCGUGCAGAAUGACUACUUUACUUCCGGUUUUUGUACAUUAUUCUAAGUACCAGAAAGCUCCACUAGGGGGCGCUAAACACCAUGGAACACAAUGAAAGUCACUCUUAAUCACUAUAAUAAAAUAAUCUGUUACCUUCUAACAAGAUGGCAGCACAGUCAACUUUUAACCUUUCCAAUAGCAUUUCUUUUUUUCUUUUUUCUUUUUGUACAAUUCAUUGGUGGUCAUGAAAUGAAAAACAACUGAAUUAUCUUUUGAUUCCUGUUUUCCAUUUCUCUACAAAUCUGCAAUACUUGGUUAGCCAAAACUCCACAAUAGUAAUGUGUUUUAUGCACGCAAUCCAAGCCAUUACCUGACACAUACUGGUUACUCUGACUGAAAAUAUAUAUUAUAUAAACUACGCAGACAUGGAUCAAGGUAUCUGUCAUUUCCUCAUUUGGAGAAACAUUAGUCACCUGAGUAACAUGGCUGGAGAGAAGUUGGGGUGCCUAAACAGAAAAUAUCUAUAAUGGCCGACUACUAAUAAAACCCAAUAAAUCAGUAACUGAACUCAUUUUGAUCAUGUUUCUGUUAUUUGGCUCAGUUGGUAGAGCAUGACACUUGCAACGGCAGGAUUGUGGGUUUGAUUCCCACGGGGGACCAGUAUGAAUUAAAAUAUAUGCAGUCACUUUGGAUAAGAGUGUCUGCUAAAUGAUGAAAAUGUAUAUUUAGGUAACUUUUGUGUAUGUGUACUGUAUAUGCAAGAUGUACACAGUUACUGUCUUGUUUGAAAAGUCAACUUUAAUGGCAAGCAAUGAAAUCUUAAUCACAAGCGAUCUCACAUUUGAAAUAUUUGUGCUCUAGUUACCUAUAUAUUCAGUAAGUUUAAUUAAGGUGCACUCCAGGGACAAUCCUUUAGUGGUAAGUGAAAUAAGGUACAUUUCUUCAACGUCACAUUUCUUCAACAUCACUUGUGAGUCUCCAUAUCCUGCUUUCUAGGUUGCUCUAUGUUCUAAGCACACAUAUUGUUUUUCACAUUACAAUCUAUGUGUUCACCUUUCUAUUGUCAGAAGAAAGUGGAAAAUAUUAUCUUAUAUUCAUUUGUGAGUUUUCAAUUAUUACUUUUAUUUUUUAUCAAUGAUCUAUUUACACAGAUAUUAAGUAGCAUAUUCCAUAUGUUACACUGAAACACCUUAUUUGGUUUUACAGAUGUGGCUAGUGUUGCGGUAAAAGAAGGUUAUGUAGGUAUGUAUAUAUGAAUUACAGAAUGUCACUCCUUAUGAUUGUCCAGCUCAAUGUCAGCCAUUAAAUUUAAUUAUAAUCAGUGUCUUUGCUACAGUACGCUGUGAGUCACCAGAAGGCACAGAGUGCCAUUUCUACAGAGAUCACGACCCCAACCCUAUAAGAACAGUGGAUUACAAGCAGGGUGCUUGCCAGUUCAAGUUGCUCUGGAAUGAGUUCAAAAAGUGGAACAAGACUGAAAUAGAUCUCAGCUGUAUAAUUCUACAGAGCAGAGAAGGGAAAACGAACAAAACCUCAAAUCCUAGUAUUGUUCGAAGACUUCAUGUGAGUGGUAAGUGACAGUUUUACGGUACUCUAAAGCACAUGUUAACCAGAGUACUCUUCCCACUUGUUUAUUGACUUCAUAAAUUACUUUCACAAUUUACAAACAGAUCCGAUUGGCAAACCCAGUGUUCAUGUGAAGAAAAUCGGGAAUUACCUCAAUCUUCGAUGUGAGGCCAAGGCUGGCACCUCAUGCUACUUUUAUCAGAACAAUGGUGACUUACACUUUAAAAAACUACCCUACAAAGACAAAGUCUGUGUGGGGAGAGUGGCAGAAGAGGAACUGCAGAGGAAGAGGAGCAGUGCUGGAGAGAUCUUCAUCACCUGUGCUGUGGAGCUGGUGGUAGAGGAUGAAGACACUGUGACAUCACAGCGUAGUGAACCCCUCGGUAUCACCAUAGAUGGUGAAGAAGACUUUAGAUCCCAUCAAUUUCUGUAAAUUCAAAUGUGUCAAUCCUCUGUCUGUCUAUUGCUGUAUUGCAAGACUAAUAUAGUACUAUUGUACACAUAUCAAUGUUUUAUUUAUUUCAGUUGUAAAUCCUCCAGGAGCUACUAGUUCCCCAUCAGCGUUCAGUUUAAUCAUACCUGGUAAGGAGAAGGCAAGCAGUAAUGUAACAGCCCAAGGAAAAGGUAAAUAACAUUGGUUUGGUUUUAGAUUUACUGUGAAAAUAUUAUCAUGACAAUCCUCAGUCUGUCUAUUACUGUAUUGCAACACUAAUACUGUAUAUUAUUAUUGUACUUACUGUGUAAAUCAUUUUUUCAUUUAUUUCACUUGUAAAUCUUCCUGGAGCCACCAGUUCCUUCCCAGUGUUCAGUUCCAUCCCACUUGGGGAGGAGAGGGCAGUCAGUAGUAUAACUACCCAAGGAGAAGGUGUUUUAAAUAAAUAUGUUUAUUGUGAGCUCAGUUUGUUGAAAUACAUCAGAAAGUGCCUACUCAGAUACUGUUUUUGAUACUGAUGUCCCUUUCCCUUCCAGAAUCCUGCUCAGAGAUCCCCUUCUACCAAUAUACCAGUCUUCGUGCCGUUGUCUAUGUUCUCAUCCUGCUGUUGGAAUUUGUUCUGUGUCUUCUCUGGUAUAGAUGUGGUGCGUGCCUUCUCAUACUCAUACACUAAUUGUAACAGAUGUAGGAUCUUAAUUUGAUUAUUCUUUUGUUGCUGAGAAUUUUCCUGCCCAGCAGAAAAUUCAAACUUGCAGUGCAUUUUAAAUGUCAGACUUGAUUUGCCCUAAAAACAAUGUAUCAACCCCAACAAAAAUAUCCAUUAAUUAUAAUCCACAUAAUAAUUCACAUUUCCUGUUGCUGCAGGAUUAUUUUACUGCUGUAGCAAACCGGCUCAAAUUAAGAUCAUACAUCUGCAUGUUGUUCUGAAGGCUAUUGUCAUGUCUUUUAUUAGCUAUACAACCAGUUUUUAUAUCAUCUGUUUGUAUAUACUGGUGAAUUGUCAUGUCUUGACCAAAACCCAUCGAAGCUGCAAUAUGUGUGUGUAGAACAAUGCUCUUUACUCCCCAUUGCUUAUUGUGCAUUGUGUGGUAUGUUCUCUCUCUUACAGGAAUAGAACUCAAGUCUGCGCUACGUAAUAAUAACAUGUCAUGUGACAUUGCUGUGCAGGUUCAAGUUGGAUAUGCCUUUUUCAUUCACCUUGUUAAUGUAUUUUUAUAUCAUGCAAAGUGUUUCAUGUGUAAUGAGUUUAUAUGUCUCAAAUACAGAAAUUGUAUUUCAUUGUUUUCUGCUUUUGGAUGUUGUGUUUUCCAGUGGAAAUAAAGCUUGUACAGUAUAUUGUAAAUCUUGUUGGAAAUGAUGUUUCUGUUCUCUGGAUGUUGAGGAGCCACUCUAAGAGGAGACAGCACUGUGUUUAGAUUACACAGCAGUUGAGAUUCAACGGUCUUCAACGGUCCAAUGUCUCAUGAUGUUCACUAUUGUACCUGAGCUUUAGCUGAUUGUCGAGUCUGUUUGUCACAUAGAUGUGACCACAGUGAGGGUACUGAUCGUACAGGUACACCUCUAUAUCUAGAGAUGAGGAGAAGGCACCAACAUCAACCCUGCAAACAACACCGCAAACAGCUGUCCGUACAUCUCUUCAUACUGUAUGAAGCUCAUGUCUAUAUCUAUCAAUAGAAAUCACUUGUCAGAGAACGUGAAGAGAUGUGGAAAGACACAGUAAUGGAACUGUGAUCAUGAGCUAAGCUGAGGUGCGCUACAACGAGCCAUUGUCCUGCAACUGGUCCCCUAACACUCUGUCAGCCCUCAAACCCACAAGGACGAGAAUAAGAUCUAUCAUGCUACAAUUUAAAGAAUGAACAUACUAAUUGUAUAAUUUCUAGAUAUAUUGCAAGAUUCACAUUUUAAAAAUGUCCAACCUUUAAAAAUAUACUGGUUCAUUCUACAAGGAGUUGAUGUCAAUGUUAUCCAAUACUAUCACCAAAAUCUUAAUUAUUUGAGGAACAAUCCAUAACCUUUCCACCUGUGGUUUUCCAAAAAAUGUGAAACAAUUCAUUGGUGGUCAUGAAAUAAAAAACAGCUAAAAUACAUUUUAAUUCCUUUAUUCCAUUUCUGCAAUGCUUGGAUUUGCUUCCAAAAAACGAAGUUAGACAAAAAUCCACAAACGUAAUGUGAUCUAUGGAUGCAAUCCAAGCCAUGACUUAGUUGGCACAGACUGGUUACUCUGACUGGAAAUAUGCAUUAUGUAAACUAAACAGACAUGGAUCAAGGUAUCUGCCAUUUCCUCAUUUGGAGAAGCAUUAGUCACCUCCAUUACAAGGCUAUAAAAGUUGUUGGGUGAAAAAGCACAAAAAAGAAACUAUACAUCAAAUUGUCCAACUACAAAUAAACCCAAUAGAUCAGUAACUGAACUAAUUUGGUCAUGUCUAUGUGUUUGUUGUUAGGGUGAUGUUCCUGUUAAGCUACUGCAUAUUUAGUUUUGAUUUUGUUUAUUUGUGUGUAUAGUGUACAGUAACUAUUUGAAAAGUCAACAAGUAUAUUUGAUCAGUUAAUCACAAGAGUUGUCAUAUUUAAAAUAGUUGUGCUGUAGUUACCUAUAUUUUCAGUUAGUUCAAUAUAAGGUGGACCACAUGAACAGCACCUUAGUGGUCAAUGAAAAUAAGGUCAUUUUCCUCAGCGUAACUAGUGAUCUGUCACAACAUCACUUGUGAGGCUCCAUAUCCUCCUCUGUAGGUUUUUCUGUGUCCUACCUAAACACACAUCAGUUUUGUCACAUGCCAAUCUAUGUGAGGAGUUCACUUCAUUGACGGAAGAAAGUGGAAAAUAUGUCUUUGUCUUAUCUUCUUCUCAUUUGUGAGUAUUCAACUAUUUUGGUCUUUGGAUCAAUAUCUCUUUACACUGAUUUAAAGUAUUGGUAAUGUGUCACUUAAAGUAUGCUUUUUAACUUGUUCUAAGUAUGUAUGAGCCUUUAUUAUGUCUUAUAAUAAGGCUUGUAAAAUGUCUCACUAAGUUGUUUUUACCUUGUUCAAAGAUGUUGCUGGUGUUGCGGUAAAAGAAGGUUGUGCAGGUACAUAUUUCCAAACGUCACUUCAUUAAUUAUCCAGCUCAACAGCUAUUGAUUUAUUUCAGGUGCAAAAAUAUUUUGGGGAUGACAGAUUUGGACACUACUGUUUUACCCCUAAUAUAGAGUAGCACAAUGCUUAAAGUGCCAUAUAUUUAUUAAAAACAAUGUAUUUUUAGUUGCAAAUAGAGAGACAAGGAAGUGAUACUCCACAUACAAAUAUCUUCUGAAUCAAGAUUCUUAUCACUUACAAUUUCUUAUAUUCUCUCUAUUUCUCUAAACAGGUUUGGUUCCCACUCCCACUAUUGUUUUAUUCCCUGGGAACAUCAAUGUAGCUACACCUGCUACAUUACGCUGUGAGUCACCAGAAGGCACAGAGUGCCAUUUCUAUAGAGAUCACGACCCCAACCCUAUAAGAAAACUGGAUUACAAGAAGGGUGCUUGCCAGUUCAAGUUGCUCUGGAAUGAGUUCAAAAAGUGGAACAAGACUGAAAUAGAUCUCAGCUGUAUAAUUCUACAGAACAGAGAAGGGAAAAUGAUCAAAACCUCAAAACCUAGUGUUGUUCGAAGACUUCAUGUGAGUGGUAAGUGACAGUUUUACGGUACUCCAAAGCACAUAUUAACCAGAGUACUCUUCCCACUUGUUUAUUGACUUCAUAAAUUACUUUCACAAUUUACAAACAGAUCCGAUUGGCAAACCCAGUGUUCAUGUGGAGAAAAUCGGGAAUUACCUCAAUCUUCGAUGUGAGGCCAAGGCUGGCACCUCAUGCUACUUUUAUCAGAACAAUGGUGACUUACACUUUAAAAAACUACCCUACAAAGAUUAUGUCUGUGUGGGGAGAGUGGCAGAAGAGGAACUGCAGAGGAAGAGGAGCAGUGCUGGAGAGAUCUUCAUCACCUGUGCUGUGGAGCUGGUGGUAGAGGGUGAAGACACUGUGACAUCACAGCGUAGUGAACCCCUCGGUAUCACCAUAAAUGGUGAAGAAGACUUUAGAUCCCAUCAAUUUCUGUGAUUUCAAAUGUGUCAAUCCUCUGUCUGUCUAUUGCUGUAUUGCAAGACUAAUAUAUUAUUAUUGUACACAUAUCAAUGUUUUAUUUAUUUCAGUUGUAAAUCUUCCUGGAGCCACCAGUUCCUUCCCAGUGUUCAGUUCCAUCCCACUUGGGGAGGAGAGGGCAGUCAGUAGUAUAACUACCCAAGGAGAAGGUGUGUUAAAUAAAUAUGUUUAUUGUGAGCUCAGUUUGUUGAAAUACAUCAGAAAGUGCCGACUCAGAUACUGUUUUUGAUACUGAUGUCCCUUUCCCUUCCAGAAUCCUGCUCAGAGAUCCCCUUCUACCAAUAUACCAGUCUUCGUGCCGUUGUCUAUGUUCUCAUCCUGCUGUUGGAAUUUGUUCUGUGUCUUCUCUGGUAUAGAUGUGGUGCGUGCCUUCUCAUACUCAUACACAAAUUGUAACGGAUGUAGGAUCUUAAUUUGAUUACUCUUUUGUUGCUGAGAAUUUUCCUGCCCAGCAGAAAAUUCAAACUUCAGUGCAUUUGAGCUUUAAAAAUGCUUCUAAAGUUUGUAAUUUCCACUUUGCAAUUUCAGACUUGAUUUGCCCUAAAAACAAUGUAUCAACCCCAAUAAAAAUAUCCAUUAAUUAUAAUCCACAUAAUAAUUCACAUUUCCUGUUGCUGCAGGAUUAUUUUACUGCUGUAGUAAACUGGCCCAAAUUAAGAUCAUACAUCUGCAUGUUGUUCUGAAGGCUAUUGUCAUGUAUUUUAUUAGCUAUACAACCAGCCUGUAUGAUUUGUUCUCAUCAUACUUUUAUCUCUGAAGGUGAUCCACAAGGCAAUGUCAAACGGAGGUAAGAGUUGUCUAUUUAUUCAUACAUUUUUACUCAUGCAUGUUUUUAUAUCAUCUGUUUGUAUAUACUGGUGAAUUGUCAUGUCUUGAUCAAAACCUAUCGAAGCUGCAAUAUGUGUGUGUAGAACAAUGCUCUUUACUCCCCAUUGCUUAUUGUGCAUUGUGUGGUAUGUUCUCUCUCUUACAGGAAUAGAACUCAAGUCUGCACUACGUUAUAAUGACAUGUCAUGUGACAUUGCUGUGCAGGUUCAAGUUGGAUAUGCCUUUUUCCAUUCACCUUGUUAAUGUAUUUUUAUAUCAUGCAAAGUGUUUCAUAUGUAAUGAGUUUAUAUGUCUCAAAUACAGAAAUUGUAUUAGGAUUUCAUUGUUUUCUACUUUUGGAUGUUGUGUUUUCCAGUGGAAAUAAAGCUUGUACAGUAUAUUGUAAAUCUUGUUGGAAAUGAUGUUUCUGUUCUCUGGAAGUUGAGGAGCCACUCUAAGAGGAGACAGCAUUGUGUUUAGAUUACACAGCAGUUGAGAUUCAAAGGUCUUCAACGGUCCAAUGUCUCAUGAUGUUCACUAUUGUACCUGAGCUUUAGCUGAUUGUCGAGUCUGUUUGUCACGUAGAUGUGACCACAGUGAGGGUACUGAUCGUACAGGUACACCUCUAUAUCUAGAGAUGAGGAGAAGGCACCAACAUAAACCCUGCAAACAACACCGCAAACAGCUUUCCGUACAUCUCUUCAUACUGUAUGAAGCUCAUGUCUAUAUCUAUCAAUAGAAAUCACUUGUCAGAGAACGUGAAGAGGUGUGGAGAGACAUAGUAAUGGAACUGUGAUCAUGAGCUAAGCUGAGGUGCGCUACAACGAGCCAUUGUCCUGCAACUGGUCCCCUAACACUCUGUCAGCCCUCAAACCCACAAGGACGAGAAUAAGAUCUAUCAUGCUACAAUUUAAAGAAUGAACAUACUAAUUGUAUAAUUUCUAGAUAUAUUGCAAGAUUCACAUUUAAAAAAUGUCCAACCUUUAAAAAGAAACUGGUUCAUUCUACAAGGAGUUGAUGUCAAUGUUAUCCAAUACUAUCACCAAAAUCUGAAUUAUUUGAGGAACAAUCCAUAACCUUUCCACCUGUGGUUUACCAAAAAAUGUGAAACAAUUCAUUAUGUGGUCAUGAAAUAAAAAACAGCUAAAAUAUAUUUUGAUUCCUUUAUUCCAUUUCUGCAAUGCUUGGAUUUGCUUCCAAAAAACGAAGUUAGCCAAAAAUCCACAAACGUAAUGUGAUCUAUGGAUGCAAUCCAAGCCAUGACUUAGUUGGCACAGACUGGUUACUCUGACUGGAAAUAUGCAUUAUGUAAACUAAACAGACAUGGAUCAAGGUAGAGCACGGCGCUUGUAACGCCAAGGUAGUGGGUUCGAUCCCCGGGACCACCCAUACACAAAAAAUGUAUGCACGCAUGACUGUAAGUCGCUUUGGAUAAAAGCGUCUGCUAAAUGGCAUAUUAUUAUUAUUAUUAUUUCCUCAUUUGGAGAAGCAUUAGUCACCUCCAUUACAAGGCUAUAAAAGUCGUUGGGUGAAAAAGCACAAACAAGAAACUAUCCAUCAAAUUGUCCAACUACAAAUAAACCCAAUAGAUCAGUAACUGAACUAAUUUGGUCAUGUCUAUGUGUUUGUUGUUAGGGUGAUGUUCCUGUUAAGCUACUGCAUAUUUAGUUUUGAUUUAGUUUAUUUGUGUGUAUAGUGUACAGUAACUCUUUGAAAAGUCAACAAGUAUAUUUGAUCAGUUAAUCACAAGAGUUGUCAUAUUUAAAAUAGUUGUGCUAUAGUUACCUAUAUUUUCAGUUAGUUCAAUAUAAGGUGGACCACAUGAACAGCCCCUUAGUGGUCAAUGAAAAUAAGGUCAUUUUCCUCAGCGUAACUAGUGAUCUGUCACAACAUCACUUGUGAGGCUCCAUAUCCUCCUCUGUAGGUUUUUCUGUGUCCUACCUAAACACACAUCAGUUUUGUCACAUGACAAUCUAUGUGAGGAGUUCACUUCAUUGACGGAAGAAAGUGGAAAAAUGUCUUUGUCUUAUCUUCUUCUCAUUUGUGAGUAUUCAACUAUUUUGGUCUUUGGAUCAAUAUCUCUUUACACUGAUUUAAAGUAUUGGUAAUGUGUCACUUAAAGUAUGCUUUUUAACUUGUUCUAAGUAUGUAUGAGCCUUUAUUUUGUCUUAUAAUAAGGCUUGUAAAAUGUCUCACUAAGUUGUUUUUACCUGGUGUUCAAGCUGGUGUUGCUGUAAAAGAAAGUUGUGCAGGUACAUAUUUCCAAACGUCACUUCAUUAUUUAUCCAGCUCAACAGCUAUUGAUUUAUUUCAGGUGCAAAAAUAUUUUUGGGAUGACAGAUUUGUACACUACUGUUUUACCCCUAAUAUAGAGUAGCACAAUGCUUAAAGUGCCAUAUAUUUAUUAAAAACAAUGUAUUUUUAGUUGCAAAUAGAGAGACAAGGAAGUGAUACUCCACAUACAAAUAUCUUCUGAAUCAAGAUUCUUAUCACUUACAAUUUCUUAUAUUCUCUCUAUUCCUCUAAACAGGUUUGGUUCCCACUCCCACUAUUGUAUUAUUCCCUGGGUACAUCAAUGUAGCUACACCUGCUACAUUACGCUGUGAGUCACCAGAAGGCACAGAGUGCCAUUUCUACAGAGAUCACGACCCCAACCCUAUAAGAAAACUGGAUUACAAGCAGGGUGCUUGCCAGUUCAAGUUGCUCUGGAAUGAGUUCAAAAAGUGGAACAAGACUGAAGUAGAUCUCAGCUGUAUAAUUCUACAGAACAGAGAAGGGAAAAUGAUCAAUACCUCAAAACCUAGUAUUGUUCGAAGACUUCAUGUGAGUGGUAAGUGACAGUUUUACGGUACUCCAAAGCACAUGUUAACCAGAGUACUCUUCCCACUUGUUUAUUGACUUCAUAAAUUACUUUCCCAAUUUACAAACAGAUCCAAUUGGAAAACCCAGUGUUCAUGUGGAGAAGAUCGGGAAUUACCUCAAUCUUCGAUGUGAGGACAAGGCUGGCACCUCAUGCUACUUUUAUCAGAACAAUGGUGACUUACACUUUAAAAAACUACCCUACAAAGACAAUGUCUGUGUGGGGAGAGUGGCAGAAGAGGAACUGCAGAGGAAGAGGAGCAGUGCUGGAGAGAUCUUCAUCACCUGUGCUGUGGAGCUGGUGGUAGAGGGUGAAGACACUGUGACAUCACAGCGUAGUGAACCCCUCGGUAUCACCAUAGAUGGUGAAGAAGACUUUAGAUCCCAUCAAUUUCUGUGAUUUCAAAUGUGUCAAUCCUCUGUCUGUCUAUUGCUGUAUUGCAAGACUAAUAUAUUAUUAUUGUACACAUAUUAAUGUUUUAUUUAUUUCAGUUGUAAAUCCUCCAGGAGCUACUAGUUCCCCAUCAGCGUUCAGUUUAAUCAUACCUGGUCAGGUGAAUGUAAGCAGCAAUGUAACAACCCAAGGUAGAAGUGAGUAUGGUUUUAGAUUUACUGUGGGUAGUCCUAAGAACUUCAAAUUGCAAGUUUAGUGAAUGACUUGGCUGCUAAAUGUACAGGUAUUGAUAUGUUUCUAAAAUGUCUAAACUCUUAAGUAUCUUGAUAGUCACUAUUAGUAAGGCUUAUUUGCAUUAACAUUCUAGCCAUUGUAAGGUCAGGUUAUACUGUACAGAUCACUCACUGUAAGUUUCAUCAGGAGCCACAUUCACUAACCGCUUCUUUCAGGUCCAGUUCUCAUCAACAUCAGUCUGGGUGCUGGUUCCCUUUUCAUGGUUCUGCUGGCUGGGUCUGUGCUGUGUGUUCUCCAACACAAGUGUGGUGUGUGCUUUCAGAUAGUUCCACUCAUAUCCUAUUAAUAUUUUGUUCCAAAGUCUACUUUGAGUUUUUUUCAAAAUUGCUAAAUUAUCUCUAUGUAUCUUUUGGAGGGGUUCAAGGCAGUCCUGUAAAUACUGGGUAAGACUGGUUUAUUCAUUUUAGAUUCACAUUAUUUUUUCUUUAUUCAUGCACAGCUAUAUCUGUCUGACUGUUCUGCAUUGUCUCGACAGAAGCCCACCUGAGCAGCAAGACCAAACCCCACCUUGUGUCUGUGAGUAUGAGAGUAAACCACCACUGCCUUUGUCUUCUUUUGUGCAGUGUUUUAUUUUCCCUCAUUCUCUCAUUUUAAACAGAUUCUGUCAUCACAAACCCGUCUAGGGAUGAGGUGAGUUGGAUUGAACCAGUGCAGUGUGAAGUAGCCUAAUAUGCAUUUUACUUCCAUGAUAUCAAGCAAUAUUGUCAAUUGCACCAAUGACAACGCAACUGUGCACACAGCUCAAAGUGACUUUAGUUCUCUCUUACAGGAAGAGGACACUAGUCUGCAAUACGCUACAGUGACUUCUACCAGUGACCGAGCUAGUCUUCAAUAUGCAACAGUGACAUCUACCGGUAACCAAGCUGGACCUGGGCGCACCAAGAUCAAGUUUGAAAUUGCUGGAGAGUACGCCCUCUUAGCAAAAUCAUAGAAGAAGAAACAUUUACUGGAUAAAAAAAUUAGCCAUAGUUUACAAUACAAUCCUGUCUUUUUUUCUUCAAAUUGGAUCAUAAUUUACUCGUAGUACAAAAAAAAAACCUGCCACAACAACAAAGACUAAAGAUCUCUACUCCUUUCUAAAAACAAGCAGUUUCAACUAUUUGCAUUUGAGGGUAAAUGAAAUAAAUGAAAAAUAACCUUUGUCUGAAACAUAAAAUGAAUAUUUUCCUAAACUGAAUUACCAAUCAGUAGUCACCAAUCUAUUUCACUCUUUGACAAGAGUCACUAGAGACUCAAAACCACAAGAGAGUAGAAUACAUUUCAAACUUUGCUUGUUACAUCACUACAUCUCUUUCUGAUCUCUCGCUCUCUACAUCUCUCUCUUUAACCAUGUCUGGUGUAUAUUAGUUUUAAAGAGAUGUUUUGUUAUUAUCAUGGUUUACUUACAGUAUGUGCUUUUACUUCCAUCUGUUGAUACACUACCUCCACAUUUCCUCUCUCUGCUUCCUGAUUUACAUAUCUGCUACUAUGUGGUCCCCACCUCUUCCUGUAGUCUGUCAACAUCUGUUCCUCUCAGACCAGUUGCAUUCUCAUACUGGGCUAUAAAUAGAUGUGCAGAGGUUUUAAGAUAUGGUUCAUUUGAACAGGUACACUUGAUGAAUGUGUAAAUGAACAGCUUUCUUGAUUUAUAAGUCAAUAUGUCAUUUAUAAGUUGUGUGUGUAAGAUGAGAUAGAACCACAGGCAUGAAAAUAUAUAGUAAAAAAAAAUAUUGAUUACUUAUUGACUGCAUUUCUAUGUACUGUGCAACAUUCUUAAUAAACCACUUCACUCACUGCUAGAGGAAAUCAAUACAAGUUUUUGAUGAGUGUGUAAAUGAAAAUGUAAACAAAGUACCCUUUGCAAGCCAACAUGGAGGAUCUGUGUGGAACCCAUUCGUCACCCAUGCAGUUUCCAUUAUUUAUGUGCAAAGCUUCAACUAGAGGCAAAUGAAACCCAAUUGAUAAUUGUUACAAUUCAAUGAUAUUUUAAAGCGAUUUUUUGCAACUACAAGUGGUUCCUGCCAGUUAGGCCUGGUUAGGCCCAACCUAAUCUCGGAAACCCAGAACAAAAUCUUGCAUGAACAUGAACUCUCAUAUCCCCUGUGCUCCCGACAGACAUAACAUGUUUGUUACGGAUCUUAGGACAGAAUAGGCCCAACCAGAUCAGUCUUAUCUAAUCCUGCAAUUGGAGCACAUUACAAACCUAUGACAGCUAUACGUAUGAUAGUGUAUAUAAACAUUAUGCACCAUCACAAAAGUGUCAUAGGUGGGAGCUAUUGUUUCACCAUAAAAGGAGAGAGGAGAGAAACAAAAUACAGUAUGUCACCCUUGUACUACUACUGUGGCAUCGCCUGAGUCCUUCUCUACAGCCAACAGCUCUUGUGUAUAUAUAUAUAUAUAUAUAUAUAUAUAUAUAUAUAUAUAUAUAUAUAUAUAUAUAAGAGAGUAUGUGAAAAUAGUCGACCCUGAAAGCAUCUCUCAUUUCCAUAUAUCCUGUUUCACUUCUCUCUCUGCAUUAUACAUAAUAAUAGGUGACAGGUUUGGGACCUUCAAAUAACUCUUAACCAUGAUCCAAUUAAUGUGCUGCUGGUGCCUUAUGUGUGAGUUAUGUUUUAUUAAUAAUAAUGUUAUUGUACUGUAUAAUCAAAUGUAAAAUAAUUUACUUUCACAACAAUAUCCCUAAUUGUACUUUUGGUUGGAAUAAAAAUUAACUACAUUUCUUGUAGUAUCUCUUGACCUACAAUUAACAGAUGCAGGUAUGUUUCUCUUGAAUAUUAUUUAUGUAGCUUUUUCCCCUUCUCUUGCUUGUUUUGUCAUUCAGCAUUAGGGAUGCACUUUUGUGAUUUGCAUGGUUAUAAAAGGCUGGGAAAUAAAUGUUGAGAAUUUAAGAAGGGAAUAAUCUUGUAUUUUGAAUUAGUUUUAGAAUAGACACAAAUCAUCGUUUUUCUCCACUAUGAUGUUAUCAUACCUAUCUUUCCUCAACUAUCUCUCUCUUUCCUCAACUAUCUCUCUCUUUCCUCAACUAUCUCUCUCUUUCCUCAACUAUCAAGGGGACAAGGAGAACCAGACAAACACUUGGAUUACCAAGGAGAAGAAGCACCAGAUCUCAGUAAGCCUGAAAUUUGUGACCCUGACUGAAGUGGUUGAGCUGAGCUGCGAGUCCUCAGCCCUUGUAGAAGGUCAGCAGUGUUUGUUCCAUGUGGAUUCUGAAUUCAAGGAGCUUGGUCGCUCAAAUGCCAGCCACAACCACUGCUCCCUCCCAGUAAGGGGGUCAGAGCUGCUUGGGUGGAAGCACAGAGGGCUGUGGUCAAAGGUCACCGUCCACUGUCAUUACGAAGAGGAGGAGGGCAUCCACUCACCUCCCAGCAAAAAUGUCACGGUGGUUGUGUGGAACACAAGUAAGAAAGAUUACAUGAGAAAUGUAAUGCACAGAUUCCUGAUUUAGGUAAUUCAUCCAUUUGGUCAAAAAUACAUUUUACUCUGUUACAGAGAUGCUGACUAAGUACAUCAUCGGAUGUAUGGCCCUGAUAGGAUUCAUAAUUCUACUUGCAGUAUUCAUAUUCUGCAUCACCUGUCUCCUCUCGCUGAAAGCAAAGAGUAUG